AUGAGGAGUAAAAAGAGAAUCAGCAGACUGAGCCCAAAAGAGAAGUUUCGUCUGUACGGACAGCAUAUGUCCAAAGGUUUUUCAAUGGAAUCCAUUCUAUCAUGGACAUCUGAUCCUUCACAAUUAAGUACAGAAGAGGAAGAAGAAGGAAAACCAACGUCGACUAAAAAGUGGCCUUUGUUUAAACAGAGGUUCACUGAAAUGUUUUGUUCGUGGACUUGCUGCUUACCUUAUCUAAAGGUGCAGCAAUUCAUGUUGAAAAUCGUUUCCCAUUCCAUGUGUGAGUUGGUCAUCACAGCUUGUAUCUUCACCAACACGCUCAUAUUAGCCAUUGAUCACCAUGGAGCCUCUUAUUCAGAGGACCUGGACAAGGGCAACACGGUUCUGACCGUGAUUUUUACUGUGGAAGCUUUUUUGAAAAUUUUCGCUCUGAACCCAGUCCCAUACUUGAGCAAUGGCUGGAAUGCAUUUGACUUCAUUAUUGUUUUACUGAGCUUCUUGGACUGGGGACUCACUGCAGCUAAUGUUAAAUCCUUCGAUCUGUCCAUCAUGAGGUCUUUCAGAAUGCUCAGAGUCUUCAAACUGGCAAAAAGUUGGAAAACUCUUAAUGUCCUCAUCACAGUGAUUUUUGGGUCCCUGAAGGAAAUGGGCAACUUAACCCUGAUAGUGGUCAUCGUGAUUUACAUAUUUGCCGUGAUUGGGAUGCAGCUUGUAGGCCAUGACUAUUUAAAUAAGGAAGCCUUCCCGGACCAGCAAGUCCCCCGAUGGAACUUCAUUUAUUUCUACUCUUCCUUUCUGAUGGUGUUCCGGAUUCUCUGUGGAGAGUGGGUGGAGCCUCUGUACGACUGUAUGCGCUGUUCCAAAAUGUACUUCUGCAUCCCGCUGUUCUUCAUGACAUACAUAGCAGGCAACUUCCUGGUGUUGAAUCUUUUCUUGGCUCUCCUUCUUAACUUCUUUGCCGGAGAUAUCUUCACAACAGAUACAUCAGAUUCUGUUGCCAUGAAGUCAAAAAUCCAAAACUUCAUGUCUGUGGUGAAAAUGCGAAAUAAGCAAGAUCCUUCUGCUGCAAGUGUCGAACCUAGUCCCCAAGACAGCCAACUGUCUGGAAGUUCAACGACCCCAAAUAGCAAGGAAGACUGUGUCUCUGAUGUUAAACAGAAGAAAAAGAAAUGCCCUCCGUCAUCACAUGAAGAGAUCCCCACUGUCAGUGCACAGUGCCGAAAAUAUGAAAAUGGAUCUGCAGUUAUGGUGCUGGAGACAGUGGAGGAAGUUCAAGUAGAACCUGAAAUAGAACAGGUCCAUUCAGUGAGCAGGAAAAGUAAAGAGAAAAGUAAAAAGCAGCCCGUGGAGCACACGGUGACAGAGGAGAAAAAGCAAAAUGCAGAAGUGGAACAGCUGGAGGUGGAGCAGGAGAACAGCGUGAUGCAGCCAUGUGUACCACCCCUCUGCUGCAAGCUGUGCUCCUGCUGUGAGUCAUGGCACAUCUUCACCCCUCUAAGGCACUCGGUCUUCAAACUGGUCAAGCACUCUGUGUUUGAAGGGAUCGUCCUGUUCAUCAUUCUCGUGAGCACAGUAACACUGACAGUGGAUGACAAAUACACCAAGAAGAACCCCAAUAUUCAGGAAGUGCUGCGUUACCUGGACCACUUCUACCUGGCCUUCUUCAACUUGGAAAUGGUGCUGAAAAUAACAGGCCUCGGGGUGACCGGUUACUUCACCAAUGUGUGGACAUUGCUGGACUUUUUUCUGGUUGUGAUUGGUUGGCUGGGUGUGCUGAGCAGCAGCAUCAAAUCCCUCCGAUCCCUGAGAUCCUUCCGAACUCUUCGCGCUUUGAGACCCUUGAGAGCCAUUUCUCGUUGGGAAGGAAUGAGGCUGGUUGUAAAUGCCUUGAUUAGCUCAAUACCCUCCAUCUCAAAUGUCAUGCUGGUCUGCUUGGUGUUCUGGCUUAUAUUUGGCAUUAUAGGAGUUCAGAUCUACGGGGGGAAAUUCUUCCAGUGUGUGGACAGUAAUGGAAUCAGGCUGCCUAUUGAUAUUGUGAACAACUAUUCAGAUUGCAAAGCAAAUGAAAACAAGGGCUAUGAGUGGAAGAACGAAGCCAUUCACUUUGACAACAUCAUGGCCGCCUAUUUGGCUCUCUUGCAAGUAUCAACAUUUGAAGGCUGGAUUGAAAUUAUGGCCAGUGCUGCUGAUGCAAGAGGGAUCGACCUACAGCCUGACACUGAUGCAAACACCUACAGUCUUUUGUAUUUUGUUGCCUUUAUUGUUGUGGGGACAUUUUUCACACUAAAUUUGUUCAUUGGCGUAAUUAUUGAUAACUUCAAUACAGUGCAUAAAAGGUCCAGGAAGGAAGGUGCCUUGGUCAUGCUUUUGACAGAAGAUCAGAGACACUUGUAUGGAGCCUUAAAACGGGUUUCUAAAAUUAGACCAACCAAAAUGAUCCCUUGUCCAAAAAAUGUCGUUUUAUUAUUUUUUUACAAAGUGGUGCAUCAUAAAUACUUCGAACCACUGACGAUUAUUUUGAUAGUUUUAAACAUGUUUCUUAUGACAAGUGAGCAUUAUGGGCAAUCUGACAGUUUUGUUCAAGCCCAGGAUAUGGUGAGCCUGGUAUUCACGUCUUUGUUUACUGCUGAAGCUGUCAUCAAGCUCCUGGGACUGCGACUGUAUUACUUUACUCGCCCCUGGAAUGUCUUUGAUAUUUUAGUGGUCACAGUAUCCAUUGUAGGAAACUUAUUGGAGAAGGCAGCAGAAAACAUCUCCUUUUCCCCCACUAUUCUGCGUGUGUUCAGAGUGGCACGGCUGGGACGGCUGCUGAGACUUGUGAGGUCUCUCAAAGGAAUACGGAGGUUGCUGUUCACACUGAUCAUGUCCAUCCCUGCCCUGUUUAACAUCGGCGUCCUUCUCCUCCUGGUCAUGUUCAUUUACUCCAUUCUGGGAAUGACAUUGUUUCAAGACCUGCCCAGAUCAGGAUCCAUCAAUGAAAUUGUGAACUUUGAAACCUUCGCAAAUAGCAUGUUGCUGUUGUUUAGACUAACCACGGCAGCUGGCUGGAAUGAUGUUCUCCAGCAAAUCAUGAGUAGUGGCACCCAGCCAGCGUUUGUGUGCAUUCUGUACAUGUCCUCCUACAUAUUGGUCACUUUCAUCGUCAUCGUCAACAUGUAUGUAGCUGUUAUUCUAGAAAACUUUACUGAAGCCCAGGAACAAGAGCUGGAAGGAGUCACAGAUGACCACAUCGACAUGUUUUACGAGGAGUGGAGUAACUAUGACCCGUCUGCCACAGAGUUUAUCAGUUUGGAACAGCUGCCAGACUUUCUCGAUAGUCUUAAGUCUCCUCUGAGAAUACCAAAACCAAACGCGGUCAAGAUUGCAGCCUUAAACCUUCCCAUAACCAGCGAGAACAAGCUGCACUGCCUAGAUAUACUGAGAGGGAUCAGCUGUGUGAUCGUGGGCAGAGUGGAAGAAACAGACCCUUUGAGGAAACUGCAAAUGCAAAUAACCACAAGGACACUGAAGAGGUUCCCGAUCCGCAACAACAUACAAACCAGCACCACCACGCUGAUGAUACGCAAGGAAGUCAAGGCUGCCAUGACGAUCCAGAGAGCGUUCCGGAAGUGGAAAAUGCGUCGGAAACUCCUCACAGACCACAAGCGCAAGGACUAGAAGUCUCAGUCCUCCUUCUAGAGAAAUUUAAGGAGCUUGGAAUUCACCAAACCAAUCUCUGAUUUCAUUUUUAGCCACGACUAUGAAUAACAGGCUUUUUGAUCCAGCAAAUGAGGGUGAAAUAUGCAAUAAUGAAGUGAGGAAUUACUGAAGUAUAUAUCUUUUGGGGGGGUCAUGUUCCAUCACAUUUCUAACUGUACAACCCUAAUCAUAAACCUUACAUGUUUCAUCAUAGACUCACUGGAACAGCCUAAUCAUAAACCUGUACAUGUUUCAUCACCAUAGACUCACUGGAACAGCCUAAUCAUAAACCUGUACGUGUUUCACCAUAGACUUACUGGAACAGCCUAAUCAUAAACCUGUACAUGUUUCAUCACCAUAGACUCACUGGAACAGCCUAAUAAUAAACCUGUACAUGUUUCACCAUAGACUCACUGGAACAGCCUAAUAAUAAACCUGUACAUGUUUCACCAUAGACUUACUGGAACAGCCUAAUCAUAAACCUGUACAUGUUUCAUCACCAUAGACUCACUGGAACAGCCUAAUAAUAAACCUGUACAUGUUUCACCAUAGACUUACUGGAACAGCCUAAUCAUAAACCUGUACAUGUUUCAUCACCAUAAACUCACUCGAACAGUUUGCAACAAACUAAUGUUUAUGGUACUCACUUGUGACAAAUUAUAAUGUGUUUGUACUGUAAUGUUUGAUUAUUGUAAAAUUUUAAAUCAGCUGUAUGAAACUGUAUGGACUAAAGGACUUGUUAAUGUAAUAUUGUAAAGCACAGAUUCAUCUUUUUGGGGCUAACAGAUGACAUACUUACAUCGUGGCAGUGAUUGAUUCAUUAAUAUUCCAAGUAUACCAAGCAUCAAAAGAAACUCAUCACUAUGGUAACACAUUUAUGUUUUA